UAAUCUUACUAGUAUUAAAAACUUUUCUGCAUGCACAGUCGGCGAGUGCUGGGAGCAAAUACAUGUAUGUAGAGCUAUUUCCAUAUUUCCCCUUUAUGUACCUUAGGAGUUUAUCCGUUAGAUUAUCGCCCUUGUGUUCAAUUCGAGCAGUGUGAUCAGUGACUCGAAACAGUGGCCAGGUGGCGCUGAUGAUCGAUGACAUUUUGUCGUGUUUGUGAAGCUUACGUGCGCACGUGUUCAUCAUGCUCAUGAGACAUGGAAACUCAUGAAUACCACUGACUGUUGACAACGGUGUUGUGGUCACUGAUUCUGAUGCAGCUUGUCCAUCAGAGGAGAUUGCUAGAGGAGGAUCUCUCAUGGUGCCUAGGAUGGUAGUGUUGAGCCUGGGAAUCAAUCUUCAUCGCGAUUCAAACAAAUUUUGAUGGAGUGGCAUCUGUUUAUUUAUUCACCCUAGACUAUUGAUCUGGAUGUGAAGGGAGGGAGUUAUUUUUAUCGCAUCACCGAAGAAACAGAUCAAGGGAUCGUCGUCUCAGCACAGAUGAUCACCGACUGAUCUCGCACAUUGGUUGUUGGCAGACGUAGGGCUCAGACAGCAGGAAAGCAUUUAGCACCGCUCUGAAGCAGUUCUUGGGAGACAAAAGCACAGGAUAUUUUACCUAAGCAAAGUGCAAAGCUGCAUGCACCACAAAUAUAAAAUGAAUCAAAUUUAAAAUCAACUGGUGACCACUUAACCUGAAAGGUACAUUGUCCUAGGUACUGAUUCCUGAUUCUCAGUCCUAGUGACAGCAUCUACAGCAGUCCAGGUUUUCACUUCAACACCGUCUUUGGGAAGAACUGGUACCAAUGCAUAGCAAAUAUUCAUACGAGGACUCGCCUGGUCCGCUCAAUAGCACGCCCCUCUCGGCUAGCAGAAAAACGCCAAGCGUUGAUAAACCCUUGUCCCGUGGUCCUUGCUACCUCCGUAAAAAGACCAGGCAUGGUCUCAUGGCUUUUUUUGUGGCAGUGCUUAUAUUUGCACUGCUUGCCUGGUACUAUGUCACCCAACAUGGCCGCAUGUCAUUUGUGGCCAUUGGUCCCAUGUCCUUUGACCCCCAGGGGCGAGUGGUGAUUUUGAGUGAUGCUGAGGGACAGACAGUGUUCAGGGAUAAAGUUGGGAUGAAUCUCCCAGAGGGGGCGGAGCUUCAGGACUGCACAAAGGAGGCUGACAGCCUCAACUCGCUUUGCUUGACUUGGAUUAAUGUGACGCUUCAGGAUGAGUCACCCCUGGCAGAAAUGGACAUUGAGUAUGUCGUGCUUAAGAACAAUAUCAAAUGCAUCAAUGUUGAUUGGACAGCCUUGCGGUUGAACUUUGCCCCGCUAGACUGUAUCUCACUGAACGAUUCACAUUGGUACGGGGGAAGUAUUGUACAUUCACAGCACUGGGUGCUGGAAAAGCUUAGAAUUUCCAUGCAACCCUAUGUAUCGGGGGACAUCGUCUCUGAAAGGAAUGCAUUUGGAUCUGUGUUGGAACGUUACUGGUUGUCGUCCAGAGGUGUUGCGGUAUUUGUUGAGAGAGACACCCCUCUUCAUGUGUCCAUCAAUGAGAAACAGACAAACCGGGAAUUGUGCUUUAAAGCUGAAUAUUUCAACUCACCCUAUCAGAACCCAACCAACAAGCAUGCAUCUCUGAAAUACACGGUGUGCAUGGGAGAGGACGUCAGGAAAGUGCAUGAAUAUAUUCUGCAAAAUUACUUCAGCAGACCUCCUGGUUUGCCGGACGAGCGCAUGUUCAGAUGGCCGAUAUGGUCAACAGGGGCACGAUAUCAUGUCAACAUCAACCAGUCAGCUGUGAUUGAAUACGCUGACGAGAUCAACCACCAUGGAUUCCCGAACAGUCACAUCGAGAUUGACGACAAGUACACAUUACAUUACGGAGAUGUAGACUUCACGCAGACAAAAUUCCCCAACGCAAGAGAGAUGAUAGAAGAUCUUCAUGAUAAAGGCUUUCGCGUAUCUGCCUGGACUCACCCGUUUGCCAACAUUGAUUCCCCAACGUUUCGCAAGGGGAUAUCACACAACUACUGGAUGCGGGAACCCAGCGGUCGCGUGCCUGCUUUGAUCAAAUGGUGGAAUGGCAUUGGUGCAAUACUAGACGUCUCUGACGAGGGUGCUGCCAACUGGUACAUUGGCCUGCUGAGGAAGAUGCAGACGGACUACGGCCUGGACUCCUUCAGAUUCGACGCCGGUGAGGUUUCCUACAUCCCCUUCAUCUACAAUGCGACUGUUCCGUUCAACGAUCCUAACCUGUACUGCACCCAGUACGUGGAACUGGUUUCCACCAUCAAUCAACAGAUUAAUGUCCGCUGUGGGCACCAGACCCAGCACCAGCCAGUAUUUGUGAGGAUGGUGGAUAGAGACGCCAACUGGAACUACAACAACGGGCUGCUGACCGUGAUCCCAACUGCCCUCCUUAUGGGUAUUCUUGGUUAUCCCUUCAUCCUCCCUGGUUAUGUCAGCACCAACGUAUAUUCCGUCGAUGUCAACCAUCCAAACCGUGAGCUGUACAUCAGAUGGGUGGAGCUGAUGGCCUACCUCCCCUCCAUGCAGUUUUCUGUCGCGCCGUGGCAGUACGACGAAGAGGUCAUUCGAAUCGCACAUAAAAUGGUCAAAAUUCACGAGGACGUCGUGACUCCAAUGAUUUUCAAUUUUUCCAGCGAGGUCAUUACAAAAGGCUACCCAGUUAUCAGGCCUAUCUGGUGGAUUGCCCCGACGGACAAAGUUGCCCAGCACAUUGAUUCCCAGUUCCUGAUCGGCAGUGCGUACUUGGUGGCGCCAGUCUUGACCCAGCAUGCCCGGGCACGUGACAUCUACCUUCCCGCUGGGAACUGGAAAGAAGAACUGGGAAAACAGACCAUCCUCGCUGGGGGAAUGUGGCUGAAAGACUAUCCUGUCGGAAUUGAUGAGGUUGCGACAUUUGUUAAAGUUUGACCCUUUGGGGUUAUGGUCGGGUAAUAAGUUAUUUAGCAGUGCCACAGAUGAAAUUUGGGGGCACCGUGGGAUGGCAUGACCCCAGAUGAUAACAUUUAUAAAGUGUCUGAAUAACUCCGUCAUCUGAUUGGUGGAUCAUUAAUCACCUGUCAUUGAACUGUCCUAUUGCACUGUGUGCCGCACUGCAAAAAAUAGACAGUCCAUGUUGAAUGUAAAUGGAUCAAUAAAAGUUCUAUUUCUCAAUUUGUGUGGUCAUGCUGUUGGUGGUGCUGUAGCAUGGGUCUUCACCUAUCGUUAGAAGAUAAUGUGAAACACUAUUUCUCUUUUAACUGAUGGACAGAUAUCUGAACUGAAAAGAUUUAUUCUAGUAGGGAUUUUGGGGGGAGGUUUUGUUCAAGUGAUGCCAGAAUUUAUUCACAUUUUAUGUCAAGCAGUGAAUGUUUUGCAUUCAUGAAAUGGAAAGAAUAAUUUCAUUUGGUGACAGACGAUACCUUUCAUUCUCUCGGCCUCAUGGAGUGGAAAACUUCCUCUAUCUCCUGAGAAAUUGUUCUUACCAUUCCAUUCCAAAUCUUUCCUUACUUGUGUUCAGAACAAGUUAGGUGUUCUAACUGUGCACAUCCUUGAAACUGGUAAAUCUUCAUAUACACAAGCAUAGUUGGAACGCUGAAUGGGUUUUUACCGGAGAGUGAAGUAUACCAGCUGUCACAAAUUUGCAGAUAGCACCACCAUUGUUUGGCCAUAUCCUCUGCUUCUGCGCGUGAUGCUGAGUUUGUAUGCAUCAUUGCUGAUGUUGGGAACAGUUGGAAAGGGAGGAUGUCUAGGCUAGCAUGAGGUUUUUGUACUGUCCACAGUUGCGGAUUUGGGACCAAGUGCUAUCUACGUGUAGCAUAACCAUUUGUUGAGUUGGAAAAAAUUACAGAUACUGCAAAGCCACAAACUUUAUGUUCUCUAUGAACCUUCUCAGGCAUUCCUGUAAUUGGAGGGUGGAGUAAUUAUAAAGGAUUAAGUAGUACCUUGGCCUUUCACAGGAAGUUCCUUCUCAGUGUUUUCAAAAGUGAGGUUGUCCCAUAGUAGAAGUUCCUCAUUCUCCCUAUGUAAUAAUUGCAAGUACGCCCUCUGGAACAUGCAAAUCUGGAUGUCAAGGAACCUCUGAGGAAGGUGAAAGCUCUUGACAUUUUUCCUUGCCUUUGAUGAAGCAGUACAGUUUGUGGUGCGUCCUCGCCUGUCAAGUGUUGUGUAUGCCUUCAGACCUCUGCAGGAAAAUGGUGCCUGACUGGGGUGGACAAUUGGUUCACAUGUACACCACUACGGUACAAAUCCAAAAAGUAGCGGCAAUAACAAUGGAAAGGUGGGAGGAUUGAAAAUACUUCCCUCCACUGCAACUUCCUAGAGAAGAAAGUGUAAUCAGUAAACUAUUGUCAGACUCCAGGGGUCAUCUAAGGGGCCAUCCGUAAGGUACAAAUGGGGGGAGGGAGGCUUGUUAACAUUGCGUACACCCACAGGGAAGGGAGGUCCAAAUGUAUACACUGAGUGGCAAAAAUUACAAAAUAGAGCGUAGCCAUGUGAAUCUUUCAAUUAAAACGCGUCACCUUUUGCCAUGUAACCAUUACCCGAUGACAUUGGUCUGAUGAGUUGAUGAGUUAAAUGGCAUUAUGGAGUAUGUAUGCGUACAAAGGCAGAGGGGGCAGAGGGGUGUGAAGCCACUGCAUGUGUCAUGUAUUCACAGUUGGAUGAGGUCUAAAAAGUCGGACAAUUUGUAUGUACGUACUUCAGGAUGACUGCUAGAUGUUUGUCUUAAUUUUUACUGGCUAGCUCUGCCUGCGAGGACUACAUAUACUUAUUUCACAAACUGGGUUUUGUACAUAUGACAUCCAUCUGUCAUAUCUCCUCAGUCUGCCUUAUUUUCUGUAAGUGCCUGUGUAAAACAGGCCUUGCUGUCCUUGGGUAGGGCUAUGCACCAUGUCACACAAAGGGAAACCAUUGCCACUACAAAUACUUCUUCAGACAGGGUGAGACGUCAAUCAUGAUGCAUCGCUAAUUACAACUGUUGAAGAGUUGAACCUAGUGUGGAAAGGGUUACAGCUCAUUUUGAAUGCCAGUUACCGGUACAUAGUGAUCCUGGCCCUACCAAUGGACAGUUCCAUUCCUUACAUAGUGUAUUUUGAUCCAUUCUCGUGCAUAUUGUGAGCAUUGUCAAUACUAGAAUGUCCAUGCACUGUGUAUAUACAUUCUGUCUGCAUUCUGGCACUGUACACUGUGUGGUAUUCGUGACUCUAUAUAACCAAAGUGUAUUCAUGAGAGCAGUUAUUUGAACAGUCGUGAAUUUUGUGAUCAUGCUGGCUUCAUGUACCUUAUGUGACCAAUGGCUACACAGAAUUACUCAGGUGCACUUUAUUAUGGUGGCUUCAAAAGGACACCCCAGUCGUGCAAGGAAUUAACAAAAAUACAUGUUGUUUUGUGAAGAUUGUGAAAGAAUUGUAAGUGUCGUCCUUGGCCUCCAUGGUAAUCCUCAGCCACAGGAAGACCUGAAUCAACCUGCUAAAGCUGUGAGAAAUUCAUGUAUCAUUGGGAAGCGGCCGCAAGCUGUAGUGGCUUGACUGGCUUUCAUAGGUA